AAACCUUCAGUUGUCAACAUGUUGGUGACCAGACUGUCAGCACCUUUCACAUGGUUGUUAGGCAAACUGAAAGGUGAGGUUCAGGAGGCGGAAGUCAUAGAGGAGGUUUAUGACGUGUAUCUCGGAGGUAGCUGUGGAGUCUCCAACUGGCGUGAGGAAAUCGCUAUUCCUCUACUGAGGCGAGAAGGAGUCUCAUACCUAAACCCCUUGGUGACCAAAUGGAGUGACCAUUUGAUUCCCAUGCAGGCUGCAGAACGUGAGAAAUGUCGUCUGCUGCUGUUUGUCAUCACAGACUGCACAAGGGCUAUUGGAGCCAUGGUUGAGGCUGGCUACUAUAUUGGUUGUGGUUGCCGUGUAGUCCUGUGUCUGGAGACUUUACAGCCUGAUAAAGCCGUCGAGGGGGAGCAGAUGACGGAGAGGGCAAUGACAGAUUACAACCGGGGUCGCAUCUAUCUCAGCGAUAUGGCUAGCAGAGAGGGGGUGCCCGUGUUUCAGGAUGUGCGGGAGAGUGUUGAGUCAGUGGUCAGAACUCUACAGAAACUGGACAGCUUGGCCGAGAUAAGCUGA